AUGGUCUUGAAUAACAUUGGUGUUGCGUCCAUCAAAAUGGGAAAGUAUGAUGAUGCGAUGUCAACAUUCGAACACUGCGUUGAUGAGAGGACUGAUUUCAAAACAGCACUGAAUUAUGGCUCUGAAGAAGGCGAUAUUACCGAAACGUUAGCCAAUAUAUUUAUUCAACAACCUCGUGCACAGCUUAUGAAACUCAAUACAAGAUCCUUACGACGGCUAAGACGAUCAGUCCUGCUAUUGCUUCAGAAGACGAUUAAGCAGUCCGUUAAUGCUUCGCUAGCCAUCCAAUUGGAGACGAGCAACGCGGGUGAACUUCUCCGGCAUGGCGAUCUCGAAGGAGCGAUUGAAGUGUUAAAGAUUGCUGGUGUGGCUGCGAAUAACCUAUAUGUGAUUACACUUAGAUGUGAGAUGACUUGUAAAACUGUCUACGCCCUAAUACUACAAUACACUAGUCGCAUUGCAAGUACUUUAUUUGUACUGUAG